AGGCUUCUUGUCUUCUUCCGGUCUACCUAACAUGGCUAACUAGCACAAGUCGCACUGCUAGCAACUUGGGAGAGAGAAAAAAAACACAGCAAGCUUUUGUCAAUGUCGGCGAUAUAACAACAUUCCCUUGCUAUUGUCUUCUAUUUCCAACGUUUAUCGGACUCUUCCGCCCUUUUACUACAACAGCGAGGAGUUUGGCGGUUUGAGUUGACUUUCUUUCUCUGACGUUUUAGUCUCGGAGGUGGUGGAAGGGUCUUGUGUACCUCCUGAGAGAGAGUUCAUUUUGAGUCCUGUGGAGACUUCUGGGUCGCCCAGCCAAGAUGUCCUCCAUCUUGCCAUUUACUCCACCUGUGGUGAAGAGGCUUUUGGGCUGGAAGAAGUCAACCAACGGCCCAGGCGGCGCUGGUGUGGGAGAACCCAACGGCCACGAAGAGAAAUGGUGCGAGAAGGCUGUGAAGAGCUUAGUAAAGAAGUUGAAGAAGACAGGCCAGCUCGACGAGCUGGAGAAAGCCAUCACCACGCAGAACUGCAACACCAAGUGUGUCACUAUUCCCAGCAAUUGCUCAGAAAUAUGGGGACUGAGUUCACCAAACACUAUAGAACAAUGGGAUACAUCAGGCCUUUACAGCUACUCUGACCAAACAAGAUCUCUUGAUGGCCGCAUGCAGGUCUCCCACAGGAAGGGGCUUCCCCAUGUUAUCUAUUGCCGUUUGUGGCGGUGGCCAGACCUUCAUAGCCACCAUGAACUGCGUGCAAUCGAGGCCUGCGAGUAUGCCUUUCACCUCAAGAAGGAUGAGGUCUGCAUCAACCCUUACCAUUAUCAAAGGGUGGAGACCCCAGUUCUGCCUCCGGUUCUUGUGCCAAGACACUCAGAAAUUCUGACAGAGUUGCCGCCUCUAGAUGACUACACUCAUUCCAUACCUGAGAACACAAACUUUCCUGCAGGAAUUGAGCCUCCAAAUAACUACAUACCAGAAACCCCUCCACCAGGCUAUAUAAGUGAGGAUGGGGAGGCCAGCGAUCAACAGAUGAAUCAAAGCAUGGAUACAGGUUCUCCAGCAGAGCUGUCUCCCAGCAGCACUCUGUCACCUGUCAAUCACAGCAUGGAUCUGCAACCCGUGACUUACUCGGAACCAGCCUUUUGGUGCUCAAUAGCUUACUAUGAGCUCAACCAACGCGUCGGCGAGACGUUCCACGCCUCACAGCCUUCAUUGACGGUAGACGGGUUUACAGACCCAUCGAACUCUGAGCGAUUCUGCUUGGGCCUACUGUCGAAUGUCAACAGGAAUGCCACUGUGGAGAUGACUCGGAGGCAUAUAGGAAGAGGAGUUCGACUCUACUACAUAGGUGGGGAAGUGUUUGCUGAGUGUCUGAGUGAUAGCGCCAUCUUUGUACAGAGUCCAAACUGCAAUCAGCGGUAUGGAUGGCAUCCAGCAACAGUGUGUAAAAUUCCACCAGGCUGUAAUUUAAAAAUCUUCAACAAUCAGGAAUUUGCUGCUCUGCUGGCUCAGUCAGUCAACCAGGGGUUUGAGGCUGUGUACCAACUCACGAGGAUGUGCACCAUACGAAUGAGCUUUGUCAAAGGCUGGGGAGCAGAGUACAGGAGGCAGACUGUUACAAGCACGCCUUGCUGGAUCGAGUUGCAUUUGAACGGUCCUCUACAGUGGCUAGACAAGGUUCUGACUCAGAUGGGUUCCCCUUCUGCACGCUGUUCCAGUAUGUCCUAGAUAACAAAGGAACCUCACCCUCCCCAAAAAGAAAAAAAUACAAAGAUCAGUUCUAAUAACGGGUCUUAUCAAGGAAACCCAGCAAAUUUGUUUGUUGCCAUAUACUUCAUUGUAUUUGUGACCUUGAUCCACAUACUUCUAAACAUUUACACACGCACACAAACAGAUUUUUCAGUAAACAAUUUGGCACUUUGUUAGUCAUCUUUGUCAUGCACCUUGUUCAAUUGCUUUCCCCCCCCCAAAUCCUUUAUUAAUAUUUGAUCAUUUUGUGGUACAAAAGAAAAGUGUCUUUGUCCAGGAAGUAGGGAAAAAUACCAAAAAAAAAACCUAGAAUAUUUCUCAGUGUUGAAAAUCGCUGGCGCGCUGUCAAGAGUUUCUAGUACAGCCCGCACCAACUGUCACGAGCACUGACCUUUCUGUUUCUCUGAGAAACAUGGCCCGUGAGUUUGGUCAGUUUGCUCGGUGGGGGGGAAAAAAAGUGACCGUGUAGUUGAACUUUUAUAAAAUUUGAUGAAAUCGACCUCACUGUUUGCUAGGCUUGACCUACCCCCAUUUUUUUGUUUUUAACUUUUGUGUCGUUCUAAGACAUACUUAAAUGACGAAUAGGAAUGUUGGUUUCUAAAUCCAAAAAACCCCAAACAAACUGAAAACUCAGUAUGUUUGAUAAUUUUUUGUCAUUAUAUGGCAGUAUUUCGUGUCCACUAUGAAGUUGACUUGCAUCUCACCUUACAUCCCGGUUUACAAACUGGGUUUGCAGGGUGCACUGGGCAGGAACCAGAGAGUAUCCGCUGUUAGCAAGAGUUUGUUUUCUUUAUGACACAACACGAGGAGAGGCCUUGAAUUGUCUCCCCAGGAUUAGUUGAAGGUAUUGGCGAGUAUUCAUCAUCGGUUUUUAGCCUAUAUCCCAAUUUUUUUGCUACUUUUUUGUAUUAUCAUGUAUUUUUAUAUAUAAAUGUACCUUAAACAUUUCUGUCAUUCACAUUUUCUAUUAAAGUAAUAUUUUCAAUAACGGGGCUGUUUGAAAAACUGACCGGGAAGGCUUGGAUUAUUCCUUCAUUUAGCCCCAACGGUUCAGCUGGAAUUUGUUUCCAGUAACAGCUCUUUGUCCCAGUGAAAAAACAUUUGUUCCAUAUGUUCUGUAUGGAGCCCCUAAAGCGACAUGGGGGAACAAAAUGUAUUUAUAAUUCUUUUUUUUUUUUAAAGACAUUUAUC